AUGGCUUCAGAAAAGAGGAGCGAGCGCGGCAUCCGCAUCGCCAUUGACCGUGGCGGUACCUUCACAGAUUGUGUCGGCAACCCCGGCACAGGCAAGAUGGAAGACGAUGUCGUUAUCAAACUGCUUUCCGUGGACCCUCAGAACUACGAUGACGCUCCUCUGGAAGGUAUUCGUCGCCUACUAUCGAAGUUCACUGGAAAAGAUAUUCCCCGGGGCGAACCGCUGGAUACGACCAAGAUUGAGAGCAUUAGAAUGGGCACAACAGUAGCGACAAAUGCCUUGCUGGAAAGAAAGGGAGAGGACAUUGCCAUGAUUGUCACAAGAGGCUUCAAGGACUGUCUGGAGAUUGGCAAUCAGAGCAGACCAAACAUCUUCGACUUGGCCAUCAAAAAGCCAGAGACUUUGUACAAACAAGUCGUCGAGAUUGACGAGAGAGUCACCCUCGAAGACUACGCCGAAGAUCCAACAAGGAACCAAACGGAGGCCAAGGACAUCAAAGAGGCGGGAGAGAAUGCCGACCUAGUCAAGGGUCUGUCAGGAGAGACUGUCCGCAUUCUCAAGAGACCAGAUCGUGAACAAAUACGCAAGCAGUUACAAAAAGUCCAUGAUUCAGGCUUCAAGAGUAUCGCCGUCUGUCUCAUGCAUGGCUACACCUUCCCACAGCAUGAAGCCUUGGUUGGCAAGAUUGCGAAGGACAUUGGUUUCGAACACGUGAGUUUGAGCCACGAACUGAUGCCCAUGAUCAAGCUUGUACCUCGUGCUACUUCGGCCUGCGCAGACGCCUAUCUCACCCCAGCUAUUCGCAAGUAUAUUGACGGCUUUCAAAAAGGCUUUGAAGGUGGACUCGGUACCGCCAGCGUUCAGAAUGAAGAAGGCGCCAGAGGAGCGCGCUGCGAAUUCAUGCAGUCAGAUGGUGGCUUGGUAGAUGUAGACUCAUUUUCCGGUCUACGUGCUAUUCUGAGUGGACCUGCCGGUGGUGUUGUUGGUUACGCCUUGACUUCAUACGACCCCAAGACGAAAACACCUGUGAUUGGUUUUGAUAUGGGCGGUACCAGCACCGAUGUGUCGAGAUAUGGAGAAGGAAGAUAUGAUCAUGUGUUCGAGACCACAACUGCUGGAGUCACGAUCCAAUCGCCACAACUCGACAUCAACACAGUCGCUGCAGGUGGAGGUAGUCGGUUGUUCUUCAGAAACGGUCUCUUCGUUGUGGGACCGGAGUCGGCAAGUGCCCACCCUGGCCCUGCCUGCUACAGAAAGGACGGUCCGCUCACCAUCACCGACGCCAACUUGUUCCUUGGACGACUACUACCUGACUUCUUCCCGAAGAUCUUUGGCCCUAACGAAGAUGAAGGCCUAGAUCCCGAAGCUAGCAAAACGCUCUUCGAAGAGCUUACGAAGAAGAUCAACCAGGAAAUCAAGGAUAAGAACAUGUCUGCAGACGAAGUGGCUUACGGCUUCAUCAAAAUUGCCAACGAGACCAUGACGAGGCCGAUUCGUAGCUUGACUGAAGCAAGAGGUCACGACACAUCGAAACACAGACUCGCGACGUUCGGCGGCGCAGGUGGUCAACACGCAGUCGCUAUUGCAGAAGCGCUUGGUAUUAGUCAGAUUCUGAUUCAUCGCUACUCUUCAGUUCUCUCGGCAUACGGCAUGGCUCUAGCUGAUGUUGUAGAUGAGAGGCAAGAACCUGACUCGAAAGUCUGGGCUGAUGAUAAAGAUACCCGGGAAUACUUCCAGAACAAGAUGGAAGAGCUGAAGAAGAAGUCGAAGGCCACCUUGAAGGAACAAGGAUUUGAAGCAGGGAAUGUCCACUUCGAGGAAUAUCUCAACAUGCGCUACCGAGGAACUGAAUCAGCACUCAUGAUCAUCAAGCCAAGUAAAGAAGAUACCGAGAAGAAGUUCGACGGCGACGACUGGGCCUUUGGCAAAGCAUUUGUUGAGCAGCAUGAACAGGAGUUCGGAUUCACCCUUCCGGAUAGAGACAUCAUCGUAGAUGAUGUGCGCGCUCGUGGCAUUGGCAAGACGUUCGAAGGUCUGGAGAAGACUGUCGACCAACAGCUGCAAGAAGUCAAGCCCAAGGACGUUGGUAAGGAUCAGAAAAUCUAUGGCAAAUCUCAGGUCUACUUCGAGGGUGGCCGGCAGGAGACAUCCAUCUACAAGCUCGAGGAUCUUACCAUUGGCGACCGGAUCAAGGGUCCUGCAAUCAUCGCCGACGGCACUCAGACCAUCGUUGUAACGCCUGGCGCAUCUGCCCUGAUCAUAGAGACUCACGUCAUCAUCAACAUUGGCGAAAGCGAUGGCUCCGACAAAAAGCUUGAUACCGAGACUGUGGAUCCUAUCAUGCUCAGUAUCUUUGCUCAUCGAUUCAUGGCCAUCGCUGAGCAGAUGGGUCGAGCCUUGCAAAAGACAAGUGUCAGCACCAACGUCAAGGAGCGACUUGACUAUUCGUGUGCGCUCUUCGACUCGACAGGAGGCCUUGUUGCAAACGCCCCUCAUCUUCCAGUACAUCUAGGAUCCAUGUCUACUUGUGUUCAGAAGCAGGCCAAGAUUUGGGAGGGCAAGCUCAAGCGUGGUGAUGUGUUGGUGUCAAACCAUCCCAUGUAUGGUGGUACACAUCUGCCUGAUAUCACUGUAAUAACACCAGCAUUCAGCGGCGACAAAAUUGUCUUUUAUGUUGCUUCUCGUGCACAUCAUGCGGAUAUCGGUGGCAUCUUGCCUGGCAGUAUGCCUCCACACUCGCGAGAGCUCUUCCAGGAAGGAGCUUCAAUCAAGACCGAAAAGCUGGUAUCCGAGGGCAGGUUCAACGAAAAGCGUAUUACUGAAUUGCUGCUCGACGAGCCAGCACAGUACCCUGGAUGUAGUGGAACACGCUGUCUCGCGGACAAUAUUUCUGACCUGAAAGCUCAAGUGGCAGCGAAUCAGAAGGGUAUUAACUUGAUCAACACACUCAUCGAGGACUAUAGCGAGCCCGUCGUACAGUUUUACAUGAGAAGCAUCCAGGAGAAUGCCGAGAUGAGUGUCAGACACCUCCUCAAGGAUGUCUCCAAGCGCUUCGAAGGUCAGGACUUGUCAGCUAUCGAUUACAUGGACGAUGGCAGCCCUAUCAAGUUGAACGUAAAGAUCGACGCCGAGAAGGGUGAAGCUGUUUUCGACUUCACUGGCACCGGCCCGGAGGUAUAUGGAAACACCAACGCCCCCGAAGCUGUAACUUACAGCGCAAUCAUCUACUGCCUUCGCUGCCUGAUCAGCGAGGAUAUACCACUGAACCAAGGCUGUCUGGCCCCCAUCCACGUCAAGAUCCCCAAGAAGUCUUUCCUCUCGCCCUCAGCCACAGCAGCAGUCGUGGGCGGUAACGUCCUAACCUCCCAACGCGUCACUGAUGUCGUCCUCAAAGCCUUCCAAGCCUGCGCAGCCAGUCAAGGUGAUUGCAACAACCUCACCUUCGGCUUUGGCGGAAACGCCGACGGCAAAGAAGCGGUCAAGGGCUUUGGCUACUAUGAAACCAUUGCUGGAGGCUCUGGUGCCGGGCCUACUUGGGAUGGCACGAAUGGCGUACACACUCAUAUGACGAACACACGCAUCACUGAUAGCGAGGUCUUUGAGCGUCGUUAUCCCGUGCUCCUGCGAGAAUUUAGUCUUCGGGCUGGCUCGGGUGGUAAAGGACAACAUCGUGGUGGUGAUGGUGUUGUGCGUGACAUCGAGUUUAGAAUCCCUGUGCAAGUUUCCAUUCUCUCGGAGCGUCGUGUCUAUCAUCCUUAUGGUCUAGCUGGUGGUGAGGACGCGGCCUGUGGACAAAAUGUCUGGGUGCGCAAAGUUGUCAAAGCUCCUGGCGAAGAGGCUAAAGUGGAGGAAGAGGAAGAGGUCAGAUAUAUCAACUUGGGAGGUAAGAACACGGCGGCUUUCCAACCUGGUGAGAGGAUCAUCAUCAAUACGCCAGGAGGAGGUGGUUGGGGACCUGUGGGAGAGGAGAGUCAGGCUAACAAGAGCCAUGCUGAUCCGAAAAGUCAUUGGAAGGGUGGUUCAAUUGCUGCAAGACAGGCCGAGGGAGAAGCCAGUGCUUAG